AUGUCUCAGAAUCUGUUCUUUGGAGACAAGCAUACAGAGAGGCUGAGGGACUCGCCUGGACCUGGGGCGGGUGGCAGAGUUGGGGCCAGGGCUCCCAGGCGAGUGCUCAGCCAGGCUCCUCCCCGGCAGCGCCUCAGCGUGCAGAAUGUCAUCUACGUGCGGGGCUGCACCAACGCCGUGCUCAUCUGGUUCAUGGACAACUACACCAUCAUGGCCGGCCUCCUGCUAGGCAUCCUGCUCCCUCAGUUCCUGGGGGUGCUGCUGACAUUCCUGUACAUCACCCGGGUGGAGGACAUCAUCACGGAGCACUCUGUCACCGAUGGGCUCCUGGGACCCGGCACCAAACCCAGCGUGGAGGCAGCAGGCACGGGGUGCUGCAUGUGCUACCCCAAUUAGGGCCGUGGCCUGGGGCGGCAGCUCCAGAAGGACCGUGACAGGGCAGCUCUGCGCAGACCACGUCGUGGGGGCCAGAUAGGACUGUGGCCCCUCUCUCCACAUUCGGCACUGACCAAAGCCCCGGCUGUGUUUGCUCAGGGCUCCCAGGCCACCGCCUGUCCGGGGGGCCGAGCCCCUCCCCAGCUGCGGAAUUCUGCGCGUGCCCACCCUGCUGGGCAUGGGGAACAGGGCACCCCUCCUUCAGGCUCCGGCUGCUGGGGAAGGGGGAGCUUGGCGCUGGGCUCCGGACCCAUUUCAUUUCUAGUAGUGCCUUGGCCUUGGUGUUUGUGCCCCUUUGAGGGCAGUUUUGUGGUGAUUUGUAAUCGGGGAGGGAGGAGAGCAUGUGUGCCCCGAGGUGAAGGAGCAGAGGGGAGGGGUGCAGACCCCAGGCCCCGGUCCUUCGGCCGCACCCUGAGGCCACGUUGGGUCCGUUUCUCAGCCUCCCGGGUACCUUGAGCCCUCCCCAGGGCUGCUGCUUUGUUGACCCUGUUUUGUACCUGAUUUUUAUAACAUUCAUUUUGUACACAGUUAACAGGAGUUUCCAACUAAUCACAGCUAGCUGGUCCCCCCAUUCCUCUUCUCCCUCCAAGCCAGUUUAUUAAUCAGACAAUAAAGGCAUGAUUUUUUU